AUGGCCGACAUUGAGGUCUUCGACGGUGCCGUCGGUAUCGAUUUGGGUACCACCUACUCUUGCGUUGCCAACUACGAGGGUACCAAUGUCGAGAUCAUUGCCAACGACCAGGGUAGCUACACUACCCCCUCCUUCGUCUCUUUCACCGACAAGGAGCGUCUGAUUGGUGAUGCCGCCAAGAACCAGGCCGCCAUGAACCCGGCCAACACCAUCUUCGAUAUCAAGCGUUUGAUCGGUCGCCGCUACGAGGACCCCAUCGUUAAGAAGGAUGUUGAGUCCUGGCCCUUCAAGGUCAUCGACCAGGGUGGCAACCCCGUUGUCCAGGUCGAGUACCUCAACGAGACCAAGACCUUCUCCCCCCAGGAGAUCUCCUCCAUGGUCCUCAUGAAGAUGAAGGAGGUUGCCGAGGUCAAGCUCGGUAAGAAGGUUGAGAAGGCCGUUAUUACCGUGCCUGCUUACUUCAACGACAACCAGCGUCAGGCUACCAAGGAUGCCGGUGCCAUUGCUGGUCUUAACGUUCUCCGUAUCAUCAACGAGCCUACCGCUGCCGCUAUCGCCUACGGUCUCGGCUCCGGCAAGUCUGACAAGGAGCGCAACGUCCUCAUCUACGAUCUCGGUGGUGGUACCUUCGAUGUGUCCCUGCUGAACAUCCAGGGUGGUGUCUUCACCGUCAAGGCCACCGCUGGUGACACUCACCUUGGUGGUCAGGACUUCGACACCAACCUCCUUGAGCACUUCAAGAAGGAGUUCCAGAAGAAGACUGGCAAGGACCUCUCCGGUGAUGCCCGUGCUCUCCGUCGUCUCCGUACUGCUUGCGAGCGUGCUAAGCGUACUCUGUCCAACGCCACCCAGACCACCGUUGAGAUUGACUCUCUCUUCGACGGUGAGGACCUCAACUCCUCCAUCACCCGUGCCCGUUUCGAGGACCUCAACGCCAAGGCCUUCUCCGGCACUCUGGACCCCGUCCAGCAGGUCCUCAAGGACUCUGGUAUGCCCAAGAACAAGGUCGACGAGAUCGUCCUUGUCGGUGGUUCCACCCGUAUUCCCCGCAUCCAGAAGCUCCUGAGCGACUUCUUCGAUGGCAAGAAGCUCGAGAAGAGCAUCAACCCCGAUGAGGCUGUUGCCUACGGUGCCGCCGUCCAGGCCGGUAUCCUUUCCGGCAAGGCCACCUCCGCUGAGACCCAGGACCUCCUCCUUCUGGAUGUUGUUCCCCUCUCUCUCGGUGUCGCCAUGGAGGGCAACAUCUUCGCCCCCGUCGUUAACCGCGGCCAGACCGUCCCCACCAUUAAGAAGCGUACCUUCACCACUGUUGUCGACAACCAGCAGACCGUCCAGUUCCCUGUCUACCAGGGUGAGCGUACCAACUGCGCUGACAACACCUCCCUCGGAGAGUUCACCCUCGCUCCCCUCCCUCCUAUGCGUGCCGGUGAGGCCGCUCUUGAGUGUGUCUUCGAGGUUGAUGUCAACGGUAUCUUGAAGGUUACUGCCACUGAGAAGACCUCCGGUCGCACCGCCAACAUCACCAUUUCCAACGCUGUCGGCAAGCUCUCCAGCGCUGAGAUCGACCAGAUGGUUGACGAUGCCGCCAAGUUCAAGACCAGCGACGAGGCCUUCACCAAGAAGUUCGAGUCUCGCCAGCAGCUCGAGUCUUACAUCUCCCGUGUUGAGGAGAUCGUCUCCGACCCCGGCAUGUCCAUGAAGCUCAAGCGUGGCAACAAGGAGCGCAUUGAGUCCGCUCUCAGCGACGCCAUGGCCCAGCUCGAGGUUGAGGACUCCACCCCCGAGGACCUCAAGAAGAAGGAGCUCGCCCUCAAGCGCCUGAUUACCAAGGCUAUGGCCACACGGUAA